AUGGAAGUUGAAGCUGAAGAUGCGAUCGUGGUCGCGUCGGAAGGGGAGGAGAGCAACGGCCGCUGGCAGCGACGUCUGCGAAAGCCAAGCACGAAGGCGAAACAGGAUGGAGAGGCUCAGAGCUCACUCGACAUGGUGCUCCCACCUUCUAGGAAGCGACUGAGAGGCGUUUCCCGGAACGCGACAACCCCUGAUACACAAAACGAUGAGAUGGGCAGAGACGGAGGACGCACGAUGCUACAGACACUACAGGAACAGAUGAACGAGCAGACGGGCAUUCUUAAAAUUAUCCUCGAAGCCUGGACGAAACAAGAAGCACACAAUAAGGCGAUGAAGGCGGAACUGGGUCGGGUUAAGGACGAACUUCAAGCGGUCAAGGAUGAGCUGAAUCGGACCAAGCAGGAAAUGGUGGAAGGCAUGGCGGCUCUAACCUCAGGACAAAGCAGCCCUAGCCCAUCCUAUGCCGAUGUUGCUGCUCACGUCUGCGUCCAGAACCUCCACCUUGUCGACAACCGACCCCCCGACAAAUGA